CUCAAUCGUCAUCAAAUCAACAAUCCCAACUCCAGGAUGAAACUGCUAUCGAUUGUGGGUCUGGCCCUCGUGGUGGCCACCGUGUCCUCAUCUCCAGCAGCUGGUCGUGCCCUCCAGGAUGACCUGAACGAGUUCGUCGAGCUGCUGCCGGUCGACAAGAUCAUCGACAUCGCCGUCCGGUACUUCCUCACCGACAAGGACGUCCAGCUGACGGUGGCGUACAUCACGGGGCCCGAGUUUGCCGCCGUUUGGGACCAGGUGUUUGCCCAGCGUGAAAUCCGCGACAUCCUGGACUACCUGCAGGAGGCCGGCGUCGAUGCGUACGGGUUCUUCAACGAUCUGGCCGACCUGAUCGGGCUGAGCCCGGUUAAGCCAUCGGAAGCCAUGAAGGAAGCGGCCAGCGGGCGUGGCCUGAACGACCUAAUCGACGACGUGCUGGCGGUGCUGCCGAAGAAGGAACUGCUGGAGCUUUUCAACCACAAGCUGCAAACCAGCGUCGAGUUCAAGGCGUUCUUCGAGAAGCUGCAGAGCACCGACUUCCAGAAGCUGGUGGAGUUUUUCAAUAACUCUGCUGAGCUGCAGUCGCUGUUCAACAAGCUGCGAGAGCAUGGCGUUGAUGUGGACAAGUUUUUGGAGCUGAUCAAGGGAUUCUUCGGAUGGGGAUACUAAGCCGGUAUCAAGUAAAUGAAAUGAAUAGAUGAAUAAACACUAAAAAUAAGAUCAAAAUA